AUGAAUUCUUUGUUUCUUAAUUAAAUAUAGAUAAUACAUAGAUUGUUUUAUCUCCUCAUCAUUAUUUUUGGUUGAAUUGUAAUACUUAUUUAAAUAAUUAGGAUAUGAAUAUCAAGAUAUUCUUUUGAAUGUAUUUGAUCAUAAAAUCCCUAUUUUUGAUUUUCAUCCUGAAGAAAUUUAUUAAAAACCAAAAAGUACUUAUAAAAUAUAGAUUUUAGAUGGUUAUCUAUAUUUUUUAAGAUCAUCUACUUUAAAUAAUAUUAGUUUUCCUAGAUUAAAAGAUAAUUCUAAGAAAUUGUUUAAAUGGAAAAAGAUGAAUCUCUAGACUCUACUUCCAAAAAAUUAACCCUUGGUGUCAUAUAUUGUAUGUAGUACAGAUACAAAUAAUCCUCAUUUUCGUAUGCAUAUUGUUUAAUCAUAUAAUCAACAUGAUAAAUUUGGAACUCUUCUUUGUCAUGUUCGUCAAAUUACUAAUUCAAUUUUAUCCACAUAAAAAUUGGUGACUCCUUCAUAUUAAAUUUAUGAAGAUAUACGUAAUUGUAAGUAGAGUCUAACUAAUUGCAUGGAAAAAUCAUUCGAAAUUACUCUAGAAGUCUAAUAAAUUUAACUAAGACUUAGUUUAUUUGAUGAUGAUUAUAAUUAUCUAUAAUAAAAAUUCUAUACUUUAGAAUAAAGAGAGGAAAUUAUAAAAUUGAAAUCAAAUCUAAUUAAGCAGAAUGAAAUAUGUUUUAAUGAAUUGAAAGAAUGUGAGGAUGUGUUGCAUCGAUAUGAUUCAUUUAGAAUAGUAUAUAUAUAUUUUUUAUAUUUAUUUAAAUUAUAUAUUCUUAUUAAUUUAUUUUGA